UGAGCCAUCUGCUGUUGCUUGGACCCCUGAAAGGGGUAGAAAGAAAGAGGACUAGUCAGUUAGCUACGUAAUAAUGCUACUGGUAAUACAAGGUUGGGCAGUGACAUUCUCUGAUGAUGGAUGUGAAAGAAAGAACGAGAAUUCAAACAGCCCAUAUCACGAUUUCUGCAACCAACAUGGUGUCUAGCAUCUUCUCAUCAUUCACACUCUUUCUUUUUCUUAGUUCUUGGAUGUGCUCGGCCAGGGAUAACACGACAUUGCCCACUACUCCACUCAGGGAUGAAAUGGGAGAUACUCUUGUUUCUUCUGGAGAAAGAUUUGAACUUGGAUUCUUUACUCCUUGUGGGAGAAAUGAAGGCAAGAAAUACCUAGGCAUCUGGUAUUACAGAUACAACCCUCAAACUGUUGUGUGGGUUGCUAACCGUGAAAAUCCACUUGAUAAUUCCAGGGGAGUUUUUUCCCUCGGACAAGACGGAAACCUCCAGGUGAUGGAUGUAAAUGGAACAUCUUACUGGUCCGCAAGGAUAGAAUCAACAUCAUCUUCAUUUUCUUUGAAGCUCAUGGAUUCCGGGAACUUAGUCUUGAUCCAAGAAGCUGCAAAUGGUUCAGCAAUAUUGUGGCAAAGCUUUGAUUAUCCAACUGACACAUUUCUUCCAGGAAUGAAGAUAGACAAGAACUUUAUGUUGACUUCUUGGAAGAGUUCCAUUGACCCAGCACCAGGAGACUUCAAAUUUCAGCUGGAUGAAAGAGAAAACCAGUACAUCAUCAUGAAGAACGGAUCAAUUCCGUACUGGAAAAGUGGAGUUUCUGGAAGUUUUGUAAGAUCCGACGAAAGGCUCUGGCUUGUUUCUAACUUGCUCAUGAAUUCCAGCAGGAAACCAAGCAGUCCUCUUGGGAACACAACAACUACAAAGGAAAGUCCUUAUGAUAGAAUAAAUUCAACAGCUGUGAAUUAUAAGAAUACAAGACUGGUGGUGAAUUUCGAUGGGCAGAUACAGGUUUUCCUCUGGAGAAAUGCGAAUUGGACUUUGAUCUGGCGGGAACCAAGUGAUCGAUGCAGUGUAUUUGAUGCUUGUGGGACUUUUGGCAUCUGCAAUAGUCAAAAUAGGAUUCCUUGCAAGUGUUUGCCAGGAUUUCAGCCCAGGUCUCCCGAUAAUUGGAAAUUAGAAAACUUUGCAGAGGGGUGUGAAAGAAUGUCACCUUUAUGCAGCAACGAUGUGGCUCCGAAGUUCCUGGAGUUAAAAUCGAUGAAAGCAGGAAAGCCUGAUGCUGAACCUGACUACUCAGAUGAAAAUGACUGUAUGAACAAGUGCCUUAGCAAAUGCAACUGCCAGGCAUAUUCUUAUCACAAGGCUGAAAAUGGGGAUAAUAAUUUUACAUGCUGGACUUGGUUUAAGGAUCUCAACAACAUUCAGGAGCAGUAUGACAGGGGUCGUGACUUCAAUGUCCGUGUGCCACUUUCAGCUAUAGCAUCGGUGACAAGAAAAUGUGAGAUGUGCGGCACUACCGUAAUCCCCUACCCGCUAAGCACUGGACCAAACUGUGGCGAUCAAAUGUACUUCAGGUUCCACUGUGAUGAUUCCAGUAGCCAGCUUAUGUUUGAGGUACCUGGUGGUGCCUACUAUCGUGUAACUGGCAUUGAUGAAGAGUUGCAAAAGUUUUCAAUACAUGUUGAAGAUGCAAGUUGUAAAGCUAUCGAGUUGAUGGGAAACUAUACGCAGAGCAUCCAGUCCUGGCCAUUUCAUGUAAUUGGAAGAUGCGACGCUAACCGUAGUAAUAGUAGAAUAGGUUCAUCAUUUGAAGAUACAGGAUUUGCUGAAGUUGAAAUCGGGUGGACUGAUCCAUCUGAACCACUCUGUUACUCACUCGAUGAAUGCAAUGACUGGCGACAUUCAACCUGCAGUUUUGCAAGAGAUGGGAAGAAAAGGUGCCUUUGCAAUAAAUCCUUUCGGUGGGAUCCCAAAACGGUCAAUUGCAUUUCAGCAUCGGUGAAAAGAAAAUGUGAGAUGUGCGGCACUACCGUAAUCCCCUACCCGCUAAGCACUGGACCAAACUGUGGCGAUCAAAUGUACUUCAGGUUCCACUGUGAUGAUUCCAGUAGCCAGCUUAUGUUUGAGGUACCUGGUGGUGCCUACUAUCGUGUAACUGGCAUUGAUGAAGAGUUCCAAAAGUUUUCAAUACAUGUUGAAGAUGCAAAUUGUAAAGCUAUCGAGUCGAUGGGAAACUAUAAGCAGCAGCGCAACCAGUCCUCGCCAUUUUAUGUAAUUGGAAGAUGCGACGCUAACCGUAGUAAUAUUAUAUUAGGUUCUUCAUUUGAAGAUACAGGAUUUGUUGAAGUUGAAAUCGGGUGGAUUCAACCAUCUGAACCACUCUGUAACUCACUCGAUGAAUGCAAUGACUUGCCACAUUCAACCUGCAGUCCCGCAAGAGAUGGGAUGAAAAGGUGCCUUUGCAAUAAAUCCUUUUGGUGGGAUCCCAAAACGGUCAAUUGCAUUUCAGCAUCGGUGAAAAGAAAAUGUGAGAUGUGCGGCACUACCGUAAUCCCCUACCCGCUAAGCACUGGACCAAACUGUGGCGAUCAAAUGUACUUCAGGUUCCACUGUGAUGAUUCCAGUAGCCAGCUUAUGUUUGAGGUACCUGGUGGUGCCUACUAUCGUGUAACUGGCAUUGAUGAAGAGUUGCAAAAGUUUUCAAUACAUGUUGAAGAUGCAAAUUGUAAAGCUAUCGAGUCGAUGGGAAACUAUAAGCAGCAGCGCAACCAGUCCUCGCCAUUUUAUGUAAUUGGAAGAUGCGACGCUAACCGUAGUAAUAGUAGAAUAGGUUCAUCAUUUGAAGAUACAGGAUUUGCUGAAGUUGAAAUCGGGUGGACUGAUCCAUCUGAACCACUCUGUUACUCACUCGAUGAAUGCAAUGACUGGCGACAUUCAACCUGCAGUUUUGCAAGAGAUGGGAAGAAAAGGUGCCUUUGCAAUAAAUCCUUUUGGUGGGAUCCCAAAACGGUCAAUUGCAUUUCAGCAUCUACAAAGAAAAGGAGGUCAUUAUAUCUAGUUUUACUUGGAGUUGUUGCAGCUUCUGUAAUCAUCCUAUGUGCUUCCUUCUUUCUGUAUCAUAUGCGAAGAUCAACGAAGGUUACUGGUCGAGAAAACAGAGAAAGCAUCCAGGGAAAUGUAGCAUUUCACUUGAAUGACACUGAGAGACGAUCCAGGGAUUUGAUAUCUGCUGACCAUUUCACCGUAGAUGAUAAGAAAGGCAUAGAUGUACCGAUUUUUGACAUGGAAUGCAUACUAGCUGCUACAGAUAACUUCUCGGGUGCAAACAAGCUAGGACAAGGGGGUUUUGGGCCUGUUUACAAGGGAAAGUUACCGGGAGGCCAAGAGAUAGCUAUAAAAAGACUUUCUUAUGGUUCAGGGCAAGGCUUGGAGGAAUUCAAGAAUGAAAUUACAUUGAUCGUCAAACUUCAACAUCGUAAUCUUGUUAGACUUUUGGGAUACUGUGAAGAAGGAUGUGAGAAAAUGUUGGCCUAUGAAUACAUGCCAAACAAAAGCUUGGAUGUGUUCAUAUUUGAUCGGACGCUGUGCGUGUUAUUAAAUUGGGAACUGCGCUUUAACAUUAUCAUGGGAAUCGCUCGAGGACUGCUUUAUCUUCACCGCGAUUCAAGGCUGAAGAUCAUUCACAGAGACUUGAAAACAAGCAAUGUCCUCUUAGAUGAGGAGAUGAACCCCAAAAUUUCUGAUUUCGGCUUGGCAAGGAUCUUAAGAGGCAAACAAACAGAAGGAAACACACAGAGAGUUGUUGGGACUUACGGCUACAUGGCACCGGAGUAUGCAAUGGAUGGGGAUUUCUCAACGAAGUCUGAUGUCUUUAGCUUCGGUGUGAUUGUACUUGAAAUUCUCAGUGGAAAAAGAAAUGCGGCAUUUUACAAGUCUGAUCAAAAUUUUAGCCUCUCAGCUUAUGCAUGGAAGUUGUGGAAAGAGGAAAAGGUACUGGAUUUGAUGGACCGAGCAUUAUGCGAUACUUGUGACGCAAAUGAAUUUGUGAGGUGUGUGAAUGUUGGCCUCUUAUGUGUGCAAGAACAUCAAUGGGAUCGUCCCACCAUGUCAAACGUAGUUUUCAUGCUUGAAAGUGACACUGCAUCUCUACCAACUCCUAAGAAACCAGCAUUUGCAGCAAGCAGAUCCCUCUUCAACACUGCUUCUUCUUCUAGCAAAGCAGAUUCAUACGUCGAUUUAACAAAUACGUUAGAGCAAGGAAGAUAAUUGGGGGAAGGGGUUAGAAAAUGUUGUUCUCCCUUUAUAUCAAUCUAGCAGGGUUUGUCGUACUUUCCAAUAUAAAUCUGCUGUUUUUGUCUAUCUUGUCCCAUUAACUCAGAGCCAUUCAUUGUCUUAAAAGUUUGUCAUUCAUUCUGAUCAAAUAAUUUGUAUUGAGAUUACAUAAAAGCCAGAAUAAUGUUUUGUAUGUGUACUUGACAGUAACAGGCAUGAAAGAGUGACAUUGGAAGCAA